UAAAAAAGUAAGUUUAUCUUUAUUUUCUUUAUCUCCAGUCAUAACACUAAAUAUAAACUGAAUUUGGCCACGCUGCAGGUGUCGGACCAUCAGAGGAGCAGUUUGAACCGCGGACCCUCAUCAUCCUCUCAUGUCUGAACAGCGUGAUGCGUUCAUGAUGGCGGAUCGUCGACCGGACGUCCUAACGUCGCUGCCGCAGCGCGCUGCAGGUGAGCACGCAGUAAUAACUGGCACCUCACCACCAUCUGUCCUGUGUUGCUCCGCUCUUUGCAGGCUUGUGCCAGCUCGGCCCCUCCCUGCCUGCCUGCCUCCCUCCCCCCGUCCUGAGAGCUUCAGGAGGACGCUGAUCCUCACUGCAGUCCGCAGUAAAUCCACCGGCGCCCGUCAGAGUGCAGCAGACUGCAGUCUCUCCAUCCUCCUCCUCCUCCUCCUCCUCCUCCCUGCGCUCCGCUAGCAGGUGGAAAGGACGCGCACACGCACACACUCCCACACACACACUGGGCCGGGACAAUGGCUUUCGUCUCAGUCUUGGCCUUGCUGGCCCUGAUGGUCUCUGCUGAAGGAAGCGUUGGGCCGAGCAGCAACACAAGCUUUUGCACGGAGUCAAAGGAGUGUCUGGAGUACGAGCUGGUCUGCAAAACUGAUGAGUAUGAGGUGCGACACUACAGCCCCACUCGCUGGGUGUCAACAGACGCCGAAGCCUAUUUCAUGGGCGUGGGUGCGGCCAUGGCCUUCAGGAGGCUUUUCCAGUACAUCACUGGAGCCAACGAAGGAGGCAUCCAGAUGGAGAUGACCGCCCCUGUCCUGGUCAAGAUCCCGGAGGAGACCAAGAUGUGGGAGCCGGCUGUCUACACGCUCAACUUCCCACUGCCGGCAGCCUACCAGGACAAGCCGCCAGCGCCCACCAAUGACAAGCUGUAUUUCACCGAGAUGCCGGAAAUGGACGUGUACGUGAGGAGUUACGGAGGCUGGAUGCUGUCGGUCACCUCCAGGCUUCACGCUCACCUCCUGACUAAAGAGCUGGAGAGAGUCCGGGCUUCCUACAACCACAGCUACCACUACGGAGUGGGCUAUGACAGUCCCUUGAAGCUCCUGAACAGGCACAACGAGGUGUGGUAUGUGGCCGACGGGCAGGUAAUCUGCACAGACCCACAGGAGCCGACCCCUGCACACACACCAAGGCCGACCCUGACCGACUCACCCACAGACUCUGCGUCUGAACGUCCCCCGCACAUGCUCUCUGACUCCCCCUCGCUCGCUCCAUCCAACCAUUCCUCAAACGCAGCAUCCAACUCCUCGUCACAAACCGAGUCCGACACACCUUCCGCCCCCCCAUCUAACGCUCCGCCCAGUCCGUCAUCCAGCGUGCCCGCUGAUGCCGCCUUCAGCCACCCCCCCACCUCCGCCCAGAUCCGGCUGGACCCGUCGUCCAACUCCUCCGAUCCGGUCUCCGUGAGCCCGUCCCUGGAGCCCCAGCCUGCCGCCGCCGCCCUGUGGAACAGCACAGCCCACAGCUCUGUGGAUACACAAGCUGACAGUAACCCCGCGCUCGGGCCGGAUGAUGCUCAUUAGCAACACGUCUGAUGUAAGCAGCUGUUCCAGGUGUUUUAUCGUGGAAGGUAACCAGAAAAGGAGCAGUGGAGGUGGGUGAUAAACGGAGGAGCUGCUCUCUUCCUCUUAUUCUCUCUGAUCUUAUGUAUUACACCAAGUCCUCCGUAUUGCACUUAGUGUCUAACUAUACGUUCUGUCACGGCUUUGCAGCUUCCUGUAUCAGCAAACACAUGCUUGUCCACUUUGUUGUUCUGAGGUGAUCAUGCCAGCUGCAUUAUAGAAUAAGAUGUAUGCAUUAGAUAGGAAGUUAGAACGCAAUGAUAUUGUGCUGCUUUGACCAGCUAAAGCUCAAGGCAGGGUUAGGUGCCAUUUAGCAUCAGUUUAAUCCUAAAAUCAAUUUAAGAUCUAAUGGGACUCAAAUGGAAAGCUGUUAUUGGUAAGUUAAGUGUGUGCUGGUAGGCUGAGAUAUCAGAGGAAGUUUAACAGUCAUAAUGUGUUUUAGCCACUCUUGUAAAUCGAGUUUGAUGCUGUAAUCGGUUUCUGUAAAGUAGUUUCCAGCCAUAACAUCCUAAAGCUUCUACUCUCUGUUUAGAUUCGUGUCAGUUAAUUGUGUCAACAUAUUGGUGAGACAUUAUAAAUUCAGUGUGCACAUUCACUGGGAUCUUUGGUGCAGCCUGAAACCUAAUUACUAACAGUUUGGCUUGAUGCAAUAGUUUAGUUUAUGACAUUUUUAUCUUGACAACAAACCUUUAUUCUUAGUAUUUAUGCUCAAAAGUGCCUGUGAAAACUCUUGGUCUGUAUUUUAAAUCAAUUUUCAGGUAAUUACAGUAAGCAAUUUGAUCAGAUUUUGUGACUUUAAUUAACAUAUUUCUGACAACAGUACAAACUCGGCAUAGUUAUGAUCAGAUAUGAACUUCUCUGUUGAAAGUUCUGCCAAACAGAGCAGCAAUAAAUAUUUUUAAUUAAGUCUGAUCCACACAAGUCAAUUCCAAACCUUUAGUAUAAAAAUAUGAAAUUUCCAGUAAACUUGCACUUAAAUGUUUUAGGAAUUAAUAAGAUGACAGUUUUGUUUCAGAGAAGUACAAAGAUUCAUACAAUACAUGGAAGUACAACGCCGGUCCUGCUGAGUACUGAGAUUAGCUUUCUGUUGACUUUUUCCAUGUUAAAAAACAUCAGUAUAUCAAAAUGUUUAGAUCUGCUUCCCCUAAACGUCUUAAGUUCAUUUUCAUUUGUUUAUCCGGCACUUUAGAAAUGGCUUCCCAAACUAUUAAUGUGGUAGGAACAACAUUCAACAUGUUUGUCAGACCUUAAGGAUAUAAACACAAGGUUUUGGUAAAAGGUGCUGGAUGCUGACAGAACCAUGUUAUUUUCCAAAGGAGAUCCCACAGGGGACUUUUAACCCAGUUUUUGCACACUGCAGGACUGAAAGCCUGAGUCUGCUCUAAUGGUAAAUCUUUGACAUACUUUGUAUCUAUGCAUCUGCACCCAGAAAAUCAGUCCACAACAGCCCCUUUAGUUUCAUUUUUAGACUUUGCAUAGUGGUGGUCCAGUCUACAAAUGGUGGGACUGCCCCAAGGAUCCCAAAGAACCAUGCCAGAUCAACCAAUGCAAUACUACUACAUCAGUUAAUAAAUUACAUUCUCUAUCUAUGCGUAUCUGAGCUACAUACUGUAUGUUCUGAGGAAGGUGCAAUAAAGAACCAUAACAAAC